AUGGGAGCCCAUAGUUCAGUAGAUGAGGUUGCUUCUUGUUCCCACGAGUCAAGAGUCUGUGAGUUGCAUACUGCUGCACCAAUUGAUAGCAGUGAGAUUAAGUGGUCACGGGAGGAUGUUGAAGGAAUACUAGUGGACAAUCCUGUAGAUACGGCUGAGCAGGAUGUUGAUCCAAUUGAAACUGAAGAGACAGUGCCUGUAGAUGAAGCAACAACAUAG